AUGUAUGAAGCUAAUAGCAACAGUUUUGUUUUAGAAACUGCCGGACUAUGUGAUGUUCAACCUGUAGAAAUGCUUCAAGAUCAAGCUCAAUGCAUCCUUGGAGAUUACGUCAGAACCAGAUAUCCCAGGCAACCAACACGAUUUGGUCGACUGCUACUCCUAGUCCCGAGUUUAAGAGCGAUUCGGUCAAUCACUGUAGAAUUACUUUUCUUUAAAGAAACAAUAGGAGAGAUUCCUAUUACGCAGUUACUAGGAGACAUGUAUUAUAUGGAAAAGUGUGCUUCCUCCCCCUAA